AUGAUACCGCCAAACCCAUUCCAAUCCUCUUCUUCCUCUUCGUCCGCUAACAACAUGCCUGGUUCAUCAUUCCUCCCCGCUAUCCCCGCUUCGUUACCGAGCUACCCAAAACAUCAUUCGUUUCUUUACUCUCCUCCGGCUCAGACGCAGUCUGCCCAGUCCCCAUCCCCAACUCUUGCUCCAACAAGAAAACGUCUCCAGCAGAGGAGACCCGCUGAUACUCCCCCAAGUAGCUAUAGUAAUACCAAUAACUACGAUUCUGAUGAGGACGUCAUGCGCAACUCUCUCUAUUCCGAUACUGCUUUCCGUACCUCAUUGGCUGGAAGUCGGAAACGAGGCCUAGCAGAUGAUGAUGCCGAAGACGGCCCGAGAGGGAAACGUGUAGAGAUGGCUGGGGAUGACGGUCGUCCAGCUGCCAAACGGAGAAUUAUCGAUGUUGUUGGAAGCGUGGCGAGUAGAGUGUGGGAGUUUUGCAUCAGCAAAACCCCCUUCUACUCAGGAGUCGAGGAAAAUCUUGAAGGGAAAGAUGAAAUGGCAUUCGAGCGUGACGUUCAACGUCAUAUGAAAACAAUGCCAGGGGGGUACUCCAACCCCCAGUUUCAAUUGCAGGGAUCAGGGGAGGCUGGGAACGGUAUGGGAAUGCAACAAAAUUACUUUGCUUCCGCUCCGUCACCAUCUACAUAUUGCCCUCCAGAGGUGGUCCAGCAGGAGGAAUCAAAACAAGAUCAUACCGGUGGACUAUCAUCCCGCUGGGUCAUGGUGUCUCCCACCCCCGUUGCGUCCACCGCUUCUUCGCGCCCCGCAACUGCUACCCAUAUCCCGCUGAAUGCUGCCUCAAGGAUUCCACGCCCUUACACAGCGCCAAACAUCUACACCACGCCUCCAUACUCUCCCACCAUUUAUGCGACCACAGCAACCUCAACAACCACUGCUACUGCCACCGUAACACAAACAAAUGCAACCAAUGGAGCUCCCUCGAGAACUAGGAGGAACAGCACGGCUUCUAACACGUCAACCUCACGGAGACCGCCAGCUAGGCCAGUUGUUGCCGCGAGUAGCCGGGCAAAACGACCUGCGGUGGUGAGAACUAGACAUUCGCAAGCGUCGUCUGUUUCAGCGCCCGGCGGCUAUCCGGCGCCUCCGCAGUCCACUUUCACCUUUGACGGAGCUCCGUCGUCUGGGCGGGCUGGUGCAGCGUCAUCUGCUAGUACCCGCUCCUCGAGGCGUCGAUUGACGGGGGGUAGCAUUUCUGACGACGAUGAGGACGAGGCAGAUGAGAGCAUCAGAAGAUUCAACGAAAAGUUGAAGGAUAUGAUUAGAGAAGGAAGAGAGGCACUCGGGAGUCGCAUUGAGGUUACUUAUGACGACGAUGAAGAUCUAGAAGGAUUCUAG